GGCUGUGGCCACGCGCGGCGGUUCCGCUUCCCCCUCCGGCUGCCGCCGCCUCGGUGGGUCCCACUGCCGCCAUUGCAGGAGGCUCUGUGCGGCGGCCGCGCCGUGCGAACGAGAGGUCCCGCCCCGCAGCCCCCUCGGCGACUGGCUCCUUUCCGGAGGUGGGUGGCGCCGCGGCGCAGCGGGCAACCCCGUCUGCCCCCGAUACUACUUUCUGCUUUUAGAAGUGCCUUCAUGUUCAACAAAACUUAAUGGAAAAUUAAUCGUUACCUGUUGCCAUCAAACAGCUGCUAUAUUUGAAUCUUGCAUCAGAGUAGUUGUCUCUGAGCUAGUGAAGGUGGUAGUUUUCUUUCCCUGCAUACACUGUUGUGGGCUUUGUCUAGCCAUUAAGAGCCAUGUCUGAUAACGGAGAACUGGAAGAUAAGCCACCAGCCCCUCCCGUCCGAAUGAGCAGUACUAUCUUCAGUUCAGGGGGCAAAGACCAGUUGUCUACCAACCACAGCUUGAAACCCCUGCCCUCUGUACCAGAAGAGAGAAAACCUAGGAACAAAAUAAUCUCCAUCUUCUCUGGCACUGAAAAAGGAAGCAAGAAAAAGGAAAAGGAAAGGCCAGAAAUUUCUCCUCCAUCAGACUUUGAACACACCAUCCAUGUUGGCUUUGAUGCGGUUACUGGAGAAUUCACUGGAAUGCCAGAGCAAUGGGCUCGAUUGCUACAGACCUCAAAUAUCACCAAGCUAGAGCAGAAGAAAAACCCUCAGGCUGUACUAGAUGUGCUGAAAUUCUAUGACUCCAAAGACACUGCAAAACAGAAGUACCUGAGCUUCUCCGCUCCAGAAAAAGAUGGUUUCGCUUCAGGAACACCAGCACCCAAUGCCAAAGGUUCAGAGCCCUCAACAGCAGUAGCAGAAGAUGACGAUGAUGAAGAGGUUCCUCCUCCGGUUAUUGCCCCUCGACCAGAUCAUACAAAAUCAAUUUACACACGGUCUGUAAUUGACCCUAUCCCUGCACCAGCUGGUGACACUUGUGAUAGUGCUGCCAAGUCAGCUGACAAGCAGAAAAAGAAGACCAAAAUGUCAGAUGAAGACAUCAUGGAAAAGCUACGGACUAUUGUGAGCAUAGGAGAUCCCAAGAAAAAAUACACCAGAUAUGAAAAAAUUGGGCAGGGGGCUUCAGGUACAGUUUUCACAGCUAUCGACGUAGCAACAGGACAGGAGGUUGCUAUCAAACAGAUAAACCUGCAGAAGCAGCCCAAGAAGGAGUUGAUUAUUAAUGAGAUCCUGGUAAUGAAAGAGUUAAAGAAUCCCAACAUAGUCAACUUCCUAGACAGUUUUCUUGUAGGCGAUGAAUUGUUUGUUGUGAUGGAGUACCUUGCUGGAGGGUCACUCACUGAUGUGGUCACAGAAACUUGCAUGGAUGAGGCACAGAUUGCUGCUGUUUGCAGAGAGUGUUUGCAAGCACUAGAGUUCCUACAUGCCAACCAGGUAAUCCACAGAGAUAUUAAGAGUGACAACGUGCUUUUAGGAAUGGAUGGAUCAGUUAAACUCACCGACUUUGGUUUCUGUGCUCAGAUCACCCCAGAGCAGAGCAAGCGCAGCACCAUGGUUGGGACUCCCUAUUGGAUGGCUCCUGAGGUGGUCACCCGGAAAGCCUAUGGCCCUAAAGUGGAUAUCUGGUCUCUGGGUAUCAUGGCUAUUGAAAUGGUGGAAGGAGAGCCUCCAUACCUCAAUGAAAACCCUCUGAGGGCUUUGUAUUUAAUAGCAACUAAUGGCACACCAGAGCUGCAGAAUCCAGAGAAACUGUCCCCAAUAUUCCGGGAUUUUCUAAAUCGUUGUUUGGAGAUGGAUGUAGAGAAAAGGGGAUCAGCCAAAGAACUGUUACAGCAUCCUUUCCUGAAAUUGGCCAAACCUCUGUCUAGCUUGACGCCAUUGAUCCUGGCAGCCAAAGAAGCAAUGAAGAGUAACCGCUAACAUUGUCGCCAUGGCCUUCAUCUUUUUUUAAAAAUCUUUAUAAUAUAUGAAAAUUGUUACUCUUGUUAGGGAGGUUGAAAAAAGUCUGCAAAAGGGAAAAACGCUCACCCAGAAGACACACGAAAUGAAAUAUGGUGACUUUUAAGUAAACCCUUUUUAGGGUCCAAAAGGAAUUGUGGACUGAAUCACUGGUCUUUCACCUCUUUUGCAGACAGCCCAGGAAUCCUGCUUCCCAUGCCUGGGGUUUUAAGUUUUUUGAUGACUUCGCUGUAACAGUUCCCAUUCAUUGUGCCCUCUUGGGGACUUUCAAUACUUGAAUGACAGAUUCAAGCUUUUGGAGAGAGGCAUUAAUUUUAUCUGCUGAUCUUUCCUUCUACUCCCUUUUUCCUGUCGUCUUUCAAGUUGCUUUGGCCAUCUCCCAUAUGACUAGGUUAACAGUAAGUGUGUCAGAAAUGUGAAGGUACAAUUUACCCAUCCCUCCCAUACCAUACAAUUUAGUUGUGACUGUACUGUAGAAUUAACGACUUGGAUACUCAAGAAACUAACUUUAAAUGAAAUCUGCUUGUAAGUAGAGUAUAGGGAGAGGUGGAAGAGAAGAGUUCAACUGUCUUUCUGAUCUGUAACUGCUCCAGGGACUUCUAAUCCAAGAGAGAGAGAUCUCAGUGUAGUAAAUUGUUUUGGGUCAGGUUUUUAAAGGUCAGCCUACACAUAUAAGGAGAAGGGAGCGGAUGUUUGAGGAAAGAAACACCUCCCCACCCACCCAUUAUAUUCCUUUCUGUUUCCAUCCCCACACAACUUCCCUAGACUUGUUGGCCAAGGCAAAAGGGAUGUCUUGUGUGGUGUAGUGGGUGGUCUUAAAACCAAGUGUAGUAUCUAUGCUCUUACUUGGGCUUUGGAAUUUAUGCUGGUGCCUUUGACUUUUUUUACAUUUCCCUCCUUUGUAUCAAAUGAAUUUUUGUAUAUGUUGUAAUUUUAUUCCCAAAAGCAAAUAAUGCAUCAACUAGGAGUUGUUAAGAUUUAAGUAUUAGAGCUAUUUUUUUCCAUUUUUACAUGUGCUCCAUUUCUACUAAUGAAAUCAAAAGAACAAAUAAUUCAUCAAAUCUGAGGAAAAUGAAGAUCCAAGACUGUUUUUUUUAAUAAUUCAAACAGGAGCUUAUGAACACCUGGGAACACCAAAGUGCUGUUCUAUGGCGACAAAGUCUGAGGCGGGAAAGUAGCUUCAUCAGACAUGAAAGGGGCUUACUUGAGUGGCUGAUGCAUGACUGGAGAGAGUCAUCGUGUCAUGAUGGCCCCUUCUCACUAAAGACAUUUUACUAGCUAGGAUGGCACAAGAAAAAAAGUGCCUUUCUAUAAGAGCUAGUGAGUAACUUGAGUUCUUGAGAUGGUGGCAACUGAAGUGGUAACAGUAGAAAUCAUAGAAGUAUCCCUGGUCCCUGAUUUCAGCCACUGAAAUUGCUGCAUUUAUACCUAUAGAUUAUUUUCAUAAGGAGCUGUUUGUAACUGUGAUGUGCCAAAUAAUGCGCAUGAAAGAAUAGCCACUAAUUUGGUGCUAAGCAGUUAUGUUGCAUUCCCAACUGGCAGUGCAUGUCAAGCAGAGAGAGCCCAGGUCCUAGGGUGAGAUGAUUCCAUUUGGUGUCUGACAAAUUGCAUAAACCAGAGUUUUACACGUUCUUUUUACUGUGGGAAGGCCCUUUUCUUCUGUUAAAGGAAUAAUUUCAAUAUUUAUAUGCGGAUAGAAAUGGCUGUUCUGGGUUUUGGUAACCAAGAUGUAGCUCUGUUUAGAGCACCUGAAAAAAUUAGCUUUCACUUCCUGAGCCUAUAUAUCAUGGGAUUUCAUUCUGUCAGAACUUUAUCCUUCCACAAAUUGUGCUAGCAAAUUGCUUUGCACCAACAAGAUACCUUAUUCAUGUAGGAAAUAGAACCACCACACUUCAGUCUGAGUUCUUGUUAUCACUAGCACAGGGGUGGGCAAACUUUUUGGGCUGAGGGCCACAUCUGGGAAUAGAAAUUGUAUGGCAAACCAUGAAUGCUCACAAAAUUGGGGUUAGUGUGGGAGGGGGUGAGGGCUCUGGUUGGGAAUGUGGGCUCUAGGGUGGGGCCAGAAAUGAGUAGUUCAGGUUGCGUGAGGGGGCUCGGGGAGUGGAGUGCAGGGGGAGGUGAGGGCUCCGGCUGCGGGGAUGCAGACUCUGGGUGGGGCUGGGGAUGAGGAGUCUGGGAUGCAGGAGGGUGCUCCAGGCUGGGAUCCAGGAGUUUGGAGGGCGGGAGAGGGAUCAGGGCUGGGGCAUGAGGUUGGGAUGUGGGGAGAGGCUCGGGUGCAGACUCUGAGCGGCGCUUACCUCAAGCGGCUCCCGGAAGCAGUGGCAUGUCCCUUCUCUGGCUCCUAUGCGGAGGCGCGGCCAGGUGGCUCUGCAUGCUGCCCUGUCCACAGGCACCACCCCUGCAGCUCCCAUUGGAGCACAUAGGAGCCGGAAGGGGGCCAUGUGGUGCGGCCCCUGACUCUGUGCCCUGGCUGGAGCGAUGGAGCAGGGCCAUUCGGCUGCUUCUGGGAGCCACGUGGAGCGACCCCAUACCCUGUGCCCUGGUAAGCCCCAGACCCCACUCCCCAGCGGGAACUCAAGGUCUGGCUUAAAACGGCUCGAGGGCUGUAGUUUGCCCACCCUGCACUAGUGUAACAGGUGCCAAGCUGAAUUACUUUAACAAGAAGGAUAACAUCAAAAGAAUACGCAGCCCACUAGCCAUAAAGAACUAGAAUGAUGCAUUCCAAGGAAGUGUCAUGUCAUGGUCUGAAUACUCUAGAUGUGCUUCCUGUCUUACAAACUUGGUAUGUACUGAAAGCCAUUGAUACCAUAAACAGUAGAAUGGCAGUGGCCUGGUUUCAAUAUAUGUGACUCAAAGUAAAAGAUCUUCCUGUCCAUAGGGAGAAGCAAGGAGUACUGGGUUAUAUUGUAUCUUUUCUCAUCAGUGGCUCCCUGUCCAUUGCUGGCAAUGGACUUUUUGAAAACCAGACUCCUGGUGCAGGAGUAUAAGUUGGCUUUUUCCCCACUGGUAGCAAAAUCUCGUCUACCAUAUAAAUAUAAUUUUGUUCUGAAAUUAGCAGGAAAACUUAAAAUCAGUAAGUAAUUUUAACUGAUUAGUUCAGUCUUCUUGAUUAAAAAAAACUUCCUUCUGAUCUUGCAAUAGCAAAUCUGUCCAGAUCCAAAUCUGUAGCUCUUUAAGGGGUGAUUUCUAAACUUUUAAUUCUUUUUUUUUUUAAAAAAAAACCUCAUCCAGGAGUUACCAAAAUGCAUCCCAGUGCUUCUCAUGUGGCUUAGAGUACUGUGAACUACAGUUAAAAAGUGCACAAGAGCACCCCUUGUAUGUAUAUGAUUCUACAAUAAGGUUUCUUUUGCUCCUGUUGCCAGAAGGUAAUCAGGACAAAGGAGAGAGGUCAAAGGAGAAAGUGCAGAAAUAUUGGGAACAUUUAAUUUCUGCAGCGAAGUGAGGGAAAAUAGUUAAGUAGAGUCAGUAAACUGGCAAAGAAAAGUCAUAGGGAAGCUGCUGCUCCGUGCUUUGUUGUGUAACCACUGUGCAGUUUGCAUGUCAGUAGGUUAACUAUCAAUCUUCUAACUGAACAUGUGUUGCAUAUGUCUUCCAAGUGUCCAUUUUUCCCAUGAGGGACCAGGUUAGAACUGAGACUAGUUCAUUUGUUCUGCCCAGCCCAGAUGAAUAAUUAGUGCAGGUAAAGAGAGAAUAGCCAGAGUUUGAGUGGAUGCUGAAAGCAAACUAUCACUUUGGAACAUGCCAGAAUUCCCAAAUCUCUAGCAGUCACCUCAGAUGACAGGCACAAUCACAAAUAUGCAUAUGAAUAAAUGCUACGGUAGCACAACACAGUAGUUAGAGUCAGGAGUAGAGAUCAGCAGCAUACUGUUUUGAAAGCAAGUGAACAGGCAAUGUUUGUCUCCCAGGAUUUUUUUAGCACAGAACUUGGAAUAAACCCAACUUCCCACCAAGUAGACCUGCUUGGUCACACAUUCUCAUCUGAAUAUUCAGUAUACAAGUACCUCUGUCCUGAGUAGCUGCAAGAGAUGUGCUUCAGAGCAGUGCAGAGUAAUUGAACUCUGCUGUCAGAAAAGGGUGGAAAAAUCAAGGAUACUGUUAAAGGUCUUUAUAGCUGGAAUUGGAAAAACCUCUCUGGUCUGCUUUCUCUCUCUCCUUAACUUUGCCAGAUGGAAAUGGAUGUAGGUUCAAGCUUUAUUUUUUUUUUACUGUAUCCAGAUUUUAAUGUUUUCUUUUGUUUAAUUUAAUCUCAUUCUGUUAUUUAAUUGUUUCUGCAAUAUUAACUACUGUAUUUGAUUACUUUAUUAACUUUGUUCUUUCAGGGCUAGAAAUAAACUUUUUUAAAUGUU